GUUCUGCAGGAUCCCCUCCUGUCCCCAGGAGUCGGAGGCCUGCUCAGCGUGGGAGAGGUAGUGGCAGCAGAGGCAGCAGCGGGGCUGCGCGGUCGACCAGGGCGGCCCGGCGCAGGCCCUUACAGGAUGAGCCCCUUUCAGUGGCACACGAGGCUGCGCCUGUAGGUGCCAGGGACGGGCGCAGGCCUUGCCAUGAUGCGCUUCUUACAGAGGAGGAGGACGAGGCUGUUCUGGACGGCUCCCCGCCCCAGAGCAGGCCUCUUGGGCAUGAAGACAGGCGCGCAGAUGCUUAUAUGGAGGACAGGGAGUUGCUCAGGCCAUUUCCUGAGGGCGGACAGUUUGCUACUGGUCCUGACACCGUUGAAGACAGAGGGCGUCCCAGAGCCAUUCCUAACGCACCCAGCAGUGAUCCGGCUGGGGUGCUGCCGGCGAACAGCGCAAGUACCCAUCAAAGGAAUGUCGUGGAUCCAGGAGUCGUCCGUCAGGAAUCAGGACCUGCGGCUGCCGGGUUCACAGCACCCGGGCAGCUAGUGGGAGCGGUUUCGCCAGCUGGCCCCGGAGGCGAGUCAGGUCGGAUUGGUGUGUCCAGAGUCGUUGUGGGAGAUCCUGGAGGUACCGUAGCUUGUCUGUUGCAGGCAUCAUUGAGUGAAGGCACGUGGAGGAUGUACGAUAGGGCUUGGAGUAGGUGGCAGCAGUGGUGUAAUGACCUAGGGGUCGAGGUACUGGACGGGGAAAUUCCGUUGUUACUGUUCAUUGGCCACGUGAAGGAUCAAGGUUGGUCGGUUGCCAAGAUCAAUGGUUGCAUGGCGGGCUUGGCUUUCGGAUUCAAGUUGCGGAAUUCCCCGGACAUUACUAAGUCCUUUUUGGUCCGACAAAUUUUGAAGGGUUAUAGAAGGUUUCAGCGUGUCAAAGAUUCCCGCCUACCGGUGUCCUUUUCGUUAUUGUUACAGUUAGGGGAGCAGGUAGCUGGAGUGUGUCGCUCGGCUUGGGAGGUGAGCUUAUUUAGACUAGCCUUUGCUCUGGCUUUUUUCGGGGCCUUUCGUUUAGGGGAGUUAGUGUGUGCAAGUGUGCAGCGGGAAGGGGGUCUGAGGAGUGAGGAUGUAACGUUAUAUGACGACAGGGUGGUGAUUUAUCUGAGAUUUUCAAAGACGGAUCAGGAGGGGAGGGGUCAUUUAGUCUCAUUGUUUGAAGUGCCGGGAUGUCUAUUGUGUCCAGUACGGUGUUUGCGGGAUUUUCAAGGAAGGGCAGGGGUCGCGGCAGGCCCGAUUCUCAGACACAAGGAUGGCUCCUUUUUAUCGCGAUUUCAAUUUAUAGCGGUAUUCAAGAAAUGUUUGCGUAAUCUAGGAAUGGACUCUGGCAAGUUUACGGGUCAUUCCUUCAGGAUAGGUGCUGCCACGGAGGCUGCUCGCUUGGGGGUGCGAGAUGAAGUGAUUAAGCGUAUUGGGAGGUGGGAGUCGGAGCGUUUUCGGCUGUAUGUGCGUUUAGGGGCAGUUUAAGGCUGUGUCUAACC